GUCCGCAUCGCUCCCACUUGCCAGCGCCAAGGGGAUGGCCAUGCCGGGAGGGACGGGGCGGGGCAGUUUUAGGGCGACAGCUUUCCGGAGCAGGGACGUCUUGAAGGACGACUUGGGAUUGGCCGGGAGACGCGGAGCGGGCAUUUCAUACCCGGCCGAGGGUGCCGCGCUGCCCGCAGGCGAGGCGGGGUUUCCUGGGGACCAACGCGGGAGCCCCCCCUCCCCCCGCGGAGGCCUUGCGCCCCGCCCACGGUCCUCGCGGCGCUCAGCGACCCUCCAGCUCCAGGCUGGUCUGCAGCAGCCCGGGCGAAGGCGUGGGGGCCACCGUCCUCUAGCUCUGCCGCACCUCCGCGCGGGUACGGGUUAGGUCGCGAGCCGCGGGACGCCGGCCGCUAGGCGGGGCGGGAGGCGGGGCGCUGACGUCGCGGCGCGGCCGGCGGCCGGGAGGCGGGGAGGCGGCGGCCGGCUCGGCCCAGCCCAACCCGCAGCUGCGGCGGCCGAGCCUGUGGGCGGCGGCGGCGGUCCGAGCCGGCUCCUGACUGCCCUCCGCCGCUGCCCAGUUUCUCACUUGGUCCGGGUGUCCACGCCUGGUUCGGCCAGCCCUCACCCGCCGCCGCUUCCCCCGCCAUGGCCCUGGUACGGGGCGCCGAGACGGCGGCUGGGCCCUCCCGCUGGCUACCCACGCACGUCCAGGUGACGGUGCUGCGGGCCCGCGGGCUGCGAGGCAAGAGCUCGGGCGCGGGCAGCACCAGCGACGCGUAUACGGUGAUCCAGGUGGGCCGUGAGAAGUACAGCACGUCGGUGGUGGAGAAGACGCCGGGAUGCCCUGAGUGGCGCGAGGAAUGCUCCUUCGAGCUGCCGCCCGGCGCCCUGGACGGCCUGCUGCGGGCGCAGGAGACCGACGCGGGGCCGGCGCCCUGGGCCGCGGGCUCCAACGCCGCCUGCCAGCUAGUGCUUACCACCAUGCACCGCUCGCUCAUCGGCGUCGACAAGUUCCUGGGCCAGGCCAUGGUGGCGCUGGACGAGGUCUUCGGCGCAGGCCGCGCCCAGCACACACAGUGGUACAAGCUGCACUCGAAGGCAGGCAAGAAGGAGAAGGAGCGUGGAGAGAUCCAGGUCACCAUCCAGUUCACGCGCAACAACCUCAGCGCCAGCAUGUUUGACCUGUCCGUGAAGGACAAGCCUCGCUCCCCCUUCAGGAAGAUCAAGGACAAGAUGAAGGGCAAGAAGAAGUUUGACCUGGAAUCCGCCUCUGCCAUCCUCCCGAGCAGCGCCCUGGAGGACCCCGAGCUGGGCAGCCUGAGCAAGAUGGGCAAAGCCAAGGGCUUCUUCCUCCGCAACAAGCUGCGAAAGUCUUCCCUGACCCAGUCCAACACCUCGCUAGGCUCGGACAGCACCCUGUCCUCAGCCAGUGGGAGCCUGGCCUGCCAGGGCCCCGGGGCCGAGCUCCUCACCCGCUCGCCCAGCCGCAGCAGUUGGCUGUCCUCCGAGGGGGGCAGGGACUCUGCACAGUCCCCCAAGUCGCUUACCCAUAAAAGGACCUACAGCGAUGAGGCCAGCCAGGUGCGCGCCGCUCCUCCCCGGGCCCUUCUUGACCUUCAGGGCCACCUUGAUGGGGCCUCCCGCUCCUCUCUCUGCGUCAACGGGAGCCACAUUUACAGUGAGGAGCCCCAGGGGCCCCUGCGGCACCGCAGCUCCAUCUCGGGCCCAUUUCCGCCCGCCGGCCCCCUGCACACUGUCUCCUCCCGGCCCUCUGAGGAGGGGCCGCGCUCUGCGGACGAGUCCUGGGGCAGAAGCAGCCGCCGCACCGGCAGCUCAGAGGCGGUGCCUGGACAGGAGGAGCUAAGCCCGCAGGUGCUGGCCGUUGGGGCCCGCUGCUCUGGAGAGGAGGAGGGGGCCUGGCCCUCAGAGGGGAGGCCGGUGCAGGUCGCCACACCCAUGGUGGCCUCCUCUGAGCCUGUGGCCGAGAAGGAGGGAGCCCGGAAGGAGGAGCGGAAGCCCCGGAUGGGCCUUUUCCACCAUCACCACCAGGGGCUGAGUCGGAGCGAGAUGGGGCGCCGAGGCUCUCUGGGGGAGAAGGGGGUUCCCACUCUGGGGGCCUCCCCACACCACUCGUCCAGUGGGGAGGAAAAGGCCAAAAGUAGCUGGUUUGGCUUGAGAGAAGCCAAGGAACCAACUCAGAAACCCAGUGCCUCGAGGGCCAGCCCCACUCCCCUGGCCUCCCCUGGGAAAGCCCCGCCUGAGUGGGACGACACCUUCAACAUCUUUGCUGCCAGCAGGCUGCGUCCAGAGGCCAGGAGUGAGAUCCUGGCCCCAGCAGGAGUGGGGCUGGAGGCGAUUGGGCAGCAAGACCCAGGCCCUGGGGCCGUGACAAUGAAAGCAGCUGAGCCCCAGGGGGACCCUGGGGGAGGAGAAAGAGGUGGGAGCAGCGUGUGGCUGGAGCCCAGAGUUCCUCUGGACUUGGGACUGGACCAUCAGAGCACGAGUAUGGUUGACCCGGGGCCCCUCGGGGCGGAAGGGGCCUGCCUGCCCUCCGCGUCAGUCCGGCCGCACCUGAGAGCCUCAGCCUCUGAAGCAGACAGGGAGUUGCCAGCCCCAGGAGGGGAAGCAGGGCAGAGUCUGGCAGACAGUGCGACGUCUCUGUUUAGCUCCCCAGAAGUGAUCAGUGUGUGGGAGAGGCUGCCUGGCCCAGACAGUGCCCCUGAGGGCCAGGACGAGGAGGCCUCCCAGGGUGGCAGCCAGCUUUUCCACGAGCUCGACACAGUCAACGAUUCCUGGCCGUGGGAUGUGGUCACCGUUUCUCCUGCAGCUGAGGCUUCCUCACCGGUCCUGCGGGGAGAGUCUGAUGUGCCGCCCACUCCCCAGAUGCAGCCAGAGUCACCAGAACCUGUGAGCCCCAAGAGGCGUGCGGGGCUUCCCCCACUGGAGCCGGAGUCAGAGCCCAAACCUGAGUGGGUGUCGGACAAGGGCCUGCAGCCCAACACACCACCUCCCAAGCCACCGCGUCUCUUCACACCCUCAGAUUCCCAGGAGAAGGAGGCAGCGAUGGAGGAAGAGGAGAAAGCGGCAGGGGGGCUGAGUAGCAGGGGGUCAGAGAUGGGAGGAGAAGAUGUCUUCCCAAGUGCGUUGAUUGCUGGUCCCCCGGAGGCCGAGGAGGAUGAGGGCGAGAAACCCGAGUCGGAGUCUGACAGCCGCUCCGGAGCCACGCUGGGUGGGCCAGGCCUGGAAGAUCUAGCAGAGGAUGCCAGCCCUCCUGUGUCUGGGCCCUGCCUACCUCGGCCCACCAGCUGCCCUCAGGAUCCUGCCCCUACACCCUCAAAGACCUUGGCUCUUCAGAGUCAGCAGAUCUGGGGGGCUCCAGAGAGAGAAGAAGGCCCUGAGGCUCCUGAGGCCCAGAGCCAGGAACCAGUAGGAGAGGCACGUGGGUUCCUGUCAGGCAGCUCCCAACAGGCUGACUUGUGGGUCUCGGAAGAGGAUGCCUUGAACCCCUUCUUGCCUCAGGGGAGCCAAGAUCCCCCCAGCCUCCCGUCCACAUCCCUUCCAGGGUCCAGGGACCCUUCCGUCCACUGUGGUCCUGAAGAGCUGCCCACCCCCGCAGAACCUGCCUUUCCGCGGCCCCCUCUCCCACCCUGGGCCAGCCGCCACCACGGGGGGCCCAGCCCUCCGUGCUCGCCCCUGCCUGGAGCCUGGCCCCUGACCUCUUGCUCCCCGCCCCCCGGGGAGCCAGCCUCCCCCACUGGGAGCUCCCCCCCUCCACCUGGGGAGGACCACGCUGCAGUCACCCCAGCCUCCCCGCUUGCGCUUCUGCCCUUGGAGACACGCCCAGCUGAGGAGCCACAGCCCAGUGCCAGUCCCCACCCUGUGAAGCCCCUCAGUGCUGCCCCAGUGGAGGGCAGCCCUGACAGGAAGCAGCCCCGCUCCAGUCUGAGCACAGCCCUGAGCAGCGGGCUGGAGAAGCUCAAGACGGUCACAUCAGGCAGCAUUCAGCCUGUGGCUCCGGCCCCCCAGGUUGGCCAGACUGUGGAUGCCAAGAGGCUGAAGGACUCCGGUGUGCUGGACCAGUCGGCCAAAUACUACCACCUGACCCACGACGAGCUCAUCGGUCUGCUCCUGCAGCGGGAGCGGGAGCUGAGCCAGCGGGACGAGCACGUGCAGGAGCUAGAGAGCUACAUCGACCGGCUGCUGGUGCGGAUCAUGGAGACCUCGCCCACACUGCUGCAGAUCCCCCCUGCUCCCCCCAAGUAGCCCUCUUCACCCCCCUUCCCAGAGGCUUGGCGCAGACCCACUACCCAGCAGGGCUCGCGCCCUCCCUCCCUCCCUCCCACUGAACUCUCACCUGGGUCCGGGUGCAGCCUGUCCUCUGUUGUCACCCCUUGUUCCCCCUCUCCCCUGCCUCAAACUGGGGCUGCUGGCAGGGGAGCCCUUUGGACUCCCAUUGGCGCCAUCAAGUUCUGUGCACAACUUGUGUCUUUGGGAGCCCUGAGUCUUUCCCAUCUGCCUAUUUUCAUACCCCUUAGCUUUGGGGGCUCCAGGGAAUUGGAGCAAAGAAUUUAGCCCUCAAGAGGGAGCAGGGGUGAGCUGCAAUUCGAUGUGGUGGUAUCUGGGACAUACUUUAUUACCCGCAUUUCUUCCACGGCUAAACCCUUGUCCUCUCCACCUCCCUCCAGCCUCUGGAGGUCUCCUAGUAGUACUGGGGCUGUGGCAGGGACCAAGCGCCCAGUUCUCUGUGAGUUAUGGGCAACCAGGGCACCUACUCUUCAGCCUCACGUCCAAUUCCCCUAGGAGCAGGGAGCCUGUAUGGUCUAGUCUUGUCUCUGCCGUGUCCCAAGUCUGAUUGCUUUCAGCUGUUUGCUGAGCGAGUGCAGUGUGGAUGGAGGGAGAUGAUGGGGGCCGCUCCCCGCCCUCAUCUUCUGACUUUUGCAUUGAGUGUCAUGUGUGAAUGUGUGGAGAGCUGGGACAGGAGUGGGGAGAGCACCUUCUCACCCACCUCCAGGCUUUGGGCUGCUUAUGUUUGGGGAUCAAGCCUCCAGCUUUGUUCUCAUUGCCUGUCCAGAUGCCAAAACUCUGUGCUGCUGCAGGGUUUGAACUUUUGGAAACCAAUUAAAAUGUGCCUUUUGUGGGUAGGGUCAAAAGCCUCUGGAUGUAGACCUCUCCCCCUAGUUGGCGUCCCCCUCCCCUCCUGUUGAGCACAUGGGGUUGGAUCUUUUGGGGCCCUGGGAGUGGGAAAGGAGGGUGGGGCAGCCCUGCUGCAUGCUCUGCCCCUCCCCUGGAGUUAACUGCAGCUAAGGUUCUGGCCAGGCUGCUGUUGCUCCCUCAGCAUCCCUGCCAUCUCCUCCUCCUCCCUCAACCCAACUUGAGGAGGGUCCUAGGACAAAAACUACAUUCUGGGAGUGGGAGGUCCUCCUCUGCCUAUACUUAGGAAAAAGCCUUUCUUGCCUCCCAUUCGCCCACUAGCUGCUGACCAGCCUGUCCCUUCUGCUCCACGUCCUUGCCUGGCUUGGCUGCAGUGCACUUUGAAACAAAGGGUCUGUCCUUUGGCCCGGCCCCUAGGUUUGCUUGCAGAAAACAUGACAGACUUGCCCAUGGCAUCUGCAGGGAAUCUGUGGUGGCUGGGGGUACUCUGCCUUAGCGUUGUGGGGUGAGGAGGUGCUGGAGGGGCAUGCUUUUGGCCCACCGAGAAGGUGAGAGCUCCUCUGUGACUACCUCUUCUUCGUGAGACGGCCUGUGGGGUCACUCGGACAGCCAUGGAAAGGGAUGUGCUCUCUGGCUCAUGUCUUCCUUCCGCCAGGAUGAAGCCGAGGAGUCCCACCCAUGGGGGAAAGCCCCUGUCAUGUUAUCUACCUUAAGAAUCACUCGUCAAAGCUGAGGAGUGUUCACAGGUGCUCAAGACUUUGGUCAUGUUUUGGGAGGGUCCUUGGGGGUUGGAUGGGUGUCUCUUCAGGAGGAAGGGGAUCACUCCUCCACUAGGUGUUCCUCUGGGCUCUGUUCAGUCUCAGUCCUGAUCCUGGUCUUCCACUCACCCUUGAUUAUGGGCCUCCAAAAUGCCCAGGGCAGGGGUGUCUUCAAAGAGUUUUGAGCUGAAGCCCAGGGUUCUUGUGGCUGUUUUUGCUCCUAGCCAUAACUUGGAGGAGAGCUGCAGGUGGGGUGGGCAGGGAGCAGGCACAGUUCUGCUUUGCUGUUUGUCUUCCUAGUUGUAACGCCUGUUUAUAAAGAGCUUGUUCUUCAUGUUUUGAGCACUUUAUGAAGAAUAAAAAAUUAACA